AUGUCGGCCCCUAGCGAGCAACCCCAGACUGGUCUGUUUGAGGCCGCGUCGUCUGCCUCCUCGUCAAAGGACGAAAAGAACCUGAACUCGGACGUGGAAGGCUCCCAUGAUGCCGAGGAUAGCUCCAAGCUCGAUAACGUUCUUUCUCAAUACUCAGUUGAACAGGUUAUGAGUAUGGGAAGGAACUAUGCUUUGAAAAAUGGCUUGGAACCUGAGUUGUUUGCCAAAGCUGCAGCUGUAGCAAGAGACCCUUCUGGUUUUAACUCUAUGGACUUUCUAUCUGAGGACGACAAGCAAGGUCUUUACGAGGAAGAAGCUCACCCUUGGAGAGUCCCCAAAACACUAUUCUAUCUCAUUGUCAUGUGCUCCAUGGGUGCAUGUGUACAGGGAAUGGACGAGUCCGUGAUCAACGGUGCUAAUCUGUUCUUCCCCCAGGGUUUUGGCAUUGAUAACGGCACUAAGAGAGACACUUGGUUGCUGGGUCUUAUCAACAGUGCUCCUUAUCUGUGUUGCUCAUGUGUAUCGUGCUGGCUCACUGACCCACUGAACAAGAAGUUUGGUAGACGUGGAGUCAUCUUUGGAAGUUGUGUCAUUUCUGCGGUUACAUGUAUAUGGCAAGGAUUCACUAACACUUGGUGGCAUCUGUUUAUCGCUAGAUUCAUGCUUGGAUUCGGUAUUGGUCCUAAAUCCAGUACCAUUCCAGUUUAUUCUGCUGAGUGCGUUCCUCAUAAGAUCAGAGGAAGUCUCGUCAUGAUGUGGCAGAUGUGGACCGCCUUUGGUAUCAUGUUUGGUUACGUCAUGUCUCUUGCUUUCUACUACGUUCCAGCACGCGGAAUUGGUGACAACGGAUUGGCAUGGAGACUCAUGCUUGGGUCUGCUUGUUUGCCUGCUAUUAUCAUUUGUUUUCAGAUAUACGUCUGUCCAGAGUCUCCAAGAUGGUUGAUGGGCAAGAAUAGGCAUCUGGAAGCGUACACUGCACUCAGGCGUCUGAGAAAAUUUGACAUUCAAGCUGCUCGUGAUUGUUUCUACCAGAAUGUAUUGCUGAUGGAGGAGACAGCUUAUGAAGGGGUUUCAUUUUUCGGAAAAAUCAAAGAGAUGGUUACUGUGAGAAGAAAUAGAAACGGUGCCAUGGGUGCCUGGGUGGUGAUGUUCAUGCAGCAAUUUUGCGGUGUGAAUGUCAUUGCUUAUUAUUCUUCGUCAAUCUUUGUUGAUUCAGGAUUCUCCGAACUCCAUGCUUUAGUCGCUUCCUGGGGUUUUGGUAUGCUGAAUUUUGUGUUUGCCAUUCCUGCAUUUUUCAUGAUCGACAGGUUUGGCCGUCGUACCCUUUUGUUGUUCUCAUUUCCAUUAAUGUCUGUUUUCCUGCUGUUGGCGGGUUUUGCAUUCUGGAUUCCAGAAGACUCGCCAGCCAGAAUUGGAAUUAUUGCCUUGGGUAUCUAUCUGUUCACAAUAGUGUACUCAUCGUCUGAAGGUCCUGUUCCUUUCACAUACUCUGCUGAGUGUGCUGCUUUGUAUAUGAGAGACUUCACCAUGUCUUUUGCCACUGCUACCUGUUGGUUCUUCAACUUUAUUCUUUCCUUGACCUGGCCUUCUCUUCUUGCUGCCUUCAAACCACAGGGAGCCUUUGGUUGGUAUGCUGCAUGGAACAUGGUUGGAUUCUUCCUGGUUCUCUGGUUGUUGCCAGAGACAAAGGGUUUGACUUUGGAGGAGUUGGACGAUGUUUUCGACGUUCCUUCCGACCAACAUGCUGCUUACCAGACUCGCUUCCUAAUAAACGCCGUCAAGAGAAAUGUUUUCAAGCAGGAUGUCAAACAACUACCUCCUCUUUACAAGCACCACAGAAUGGCUGUCACCAAUGCUGCCUGGGAAGACAAGCAGACAGUGGAGCAUGUCGAGUGA